AUGUUAUUUUGUACUUGCUUCAAUUUAUUCUUAGAGUUUUAGAUAAAGAAGUUCUGUCCACCAGAAAUAAUAAAAAUUAUUAAUUACAAUCUUCUAAGUUUUUUGAGUUGUAAUUUGUAUUAUUGUUAACUACAACAUUAUUUAUUCAUAUUAAGUGAGAGUUAUAAACUUAUAAAAAAGUAACCUAUUGAAAUAAGAUGGCUCGAUCUUAUACAGUUAUCAUCAUUGGAUCAGGUGUAUCAGGAAUUGCAGCUGCUACAAAAUUACUAAAAAACAAAUUCAACAAUUUUAUUAUCUUGGAAGCAGAAAACCGAAUUGGUGGACGUAUUCAAACUUUACCUUUUGGUGAUGGACACAUUGAAUUAGGAGCUCAAUGGAUUCAUGGAGAAGAAGGAAAUGUAGUAUACAAUAUGGCUUCUGAUCAAAAUUUAGUAUCUGAUCGGAGAGAAACUAUGCAACAAUUUAUGAAUUCAACUUUUGUAACUUCUUCAGGUUGCGAAAUAAAAUCUGAUCGUCUUCGUGAAUACAUAAAAGUGGCUUAUUCUGUGUUUGACGAUAGCCCAAAAGAUGAUUUAGAACGUUUUAUGUCUUUAGGAGAACUUUUUCAUAAAAGAACUGAAAAUAUUUUGAUUGAUUCUGAAGAAUUACCACUGAAGCAAUUUAUUAAUUGGUGCCAACAUUAUCAAAAUUCAUAUAAUGGAAGUGAUAAUUGGUUUGAAGCAUCAGCAAUUAAUAUAGAUACUUAUAAAACUUGUCCUGGAUAUCCUGCAAUUAGUUGGAAAUCAAAAGGAUUUUCAACUAUAAUAGAUUUAUUGCAGGAAAAGUUCAAUGAUGAAACUGAACAUUUAUGUAUUAAGGAUAAAGUGAUAUUUGGAAAAGAAGUGGUUAAAAUAUAUUGGUCUGGUGAUCUAGCAGAAGUAUUAUGUGCAGAUAAUAGUCGAUUUCAAGCACAGUGCGUUUUAUCUACAGUUAGUCUUGGAGUUUUAAAAAAUGUAUGUAACGAAUUAUUUGAACCUGAAAUUCCAGAAUAUAAAUUAGAUGCCAUUAAGAACAUAGGUAUUGGAACUGUGGAUAAAUUAUUUUUAAAAUUUCCAUACAAAUGGUGGCCAGAUACUACACCAGGAUUUAGUUUCUUGUGGUCUGAUGAUGAUCGUGAAAAAUUUGUUAAAGAAAAUAAAAGACGUGGUUGGGAUUAUCUAUGUGAUGUAUUUGGUUUUUAUAUUGUUGAUAACUGUCCAAAUACACUACUUGGUUGGAUAGUUGGUCCUGCUGCUAGAAACAUGGAACGUAAAUCUAUAGAUGAAAUAAAGAUUGGAUUGGUGUAUUUAUUGAAUAAGUUUUUGGGUGACAAAUUUACUAUACCUCAACCAGAUUUAGUAACUAGAUCACAAUGGGGUACAAAUAGUCACUUUUAUGGUUCAUAUUCUUUUCAUUCAAUGAAUACAGAUAAAGAAGGAAAUGCUAAUAGUCAACUAGCAAAACCUUUAGUUAAUUCUACUGGAAAAAAUAUUUUGCUCUUCGGUGGUGAAGCUACACAUAGUCAUUAUUUUUCAACUGUACAUGGAGCUAUUGAAUCUGGAUGGAGAGAAGCUGAUAGGAUAUUAGAACAAUUUAAAGAAUAAAAUAUAUUGGAACUACAUAAAUGUAAUGAUUAAUUAUUAUAAUUUUUAUUUCAAUAUUUUUAUUAUGAUUGUUAAAUUAAAUUAUAAAACCUAAACCUAAUUAUUUUCAUUGUUAUUCAUUUAGGUACUCAAAUUCAUCUGUUAUAUAUUUAAUUUACUGAGUAUUUUUAUAAAUUAUCUGAAUAUCUUAGUUGAUUUUUUGAUUUUGAUUAAAAUUUACAUAUUAAAUUAUUUCAAUUAUAUUCUAUAUGAAUAGCUAUCAAAUGCAUGCAUUGUCACUAUACAUUUUAUAUACAUACUUAAAUAACAUAAGGCUAUAUUCAA